GUUUUUUUGAGAUGCAGGGCGAGUAUGAAAAGCUAUUGCUUCUAAGCGCCGAGAAGCAACGUGAAAAAGAUGAAAUUCUAAAAAAAUCUAAAGAGCGGAGAUUACUACGUGAAGAAAGUAUUAAAGGUCCAAAUUUUAUUCUAGCAAAUGAUCCUUGAUUCGGAUCCUCGCACACUUAAAAGUUCUCAAUCUUUUAAUAAGGAAAAGGAGAAAAACGGUAAGAAGUUAUUAACAGGAUUCCACCAAAAAAGCAACUAUAAAAGGGUGAAAAACCAAACCCCGUUGAGGUCGCCCAUCAUAACGAAUAAAAAAUUCAAAAAUAAUUUGGAUUAUGAUACUGUUAUGAGACUUGCUAAAGAUAAUAUUGAAGGCAAAAAGCCUAUAGUGGCGCCAUUAUUCAAUUUUCAUAGGGAACUCUCCAAAAGAGGGGUAUCGUGUACAAAAGAUUUCAAUAACCAAAAAAAAACAAAAGAAUCUUUAAAGCUUAAACCAUAUAAAAAAAGUAAAUCCUCGAUGGAAAGCGAGAUAGAAGAGAGGGAGGAUUCCAGCGACAUGGAGGCAAGCUUCCACGAAAUUGAAAAAGAAGAAGAAAAAAGUUUUCGUAUUGGCGAGAGGAUUGAUCGUAUAGAAUCGUUAAAACAAAUCAGGCGUAUGAAAGACAAAAUAAAAAUUCCGGCUGAGCUUUAAAUGAUUUUUAUAUAUGUAUUCGUUCAAAAUGUGAGGAAUCGAGGGCUGCAUGUGCUUAUAUAAAAGCAGCCCGUGCACGCGCGA